AGUUAAAACAGUGUUUGUUAAGAUGUAUUCUUCGUUAGUUUGUCGUUUGUUGCUCUUAAUUUCAGCGUUCGCCACUAGUACGUACGCUGAUGGAAUUGAAGGUGGCGUAGCUACUACAAUUAAGGCCCACCCUUAUCUCGUCUCCAUACAGGGAACCGAUGGCACACGCGUCUGCAUUGGCGCUCUAAUAUCUACCAAUAUUGUUGUUACUGCUGCUCAGUGUUUGACUUUCUACGAUAGUUCCCAACUGGUUGUUGCCGUCAAUAACGGUGGUCGAGUAGUAAAAAUUGCCGCCAGUACUUUUGAUAUAAAAUUCGAUCCAGAAACUAAUGCGUAUGACGUGGCCCUUCUGAAGUUGGCAGAGUCCGUGAACGUGGGUACUAUUAAUGUAGCGAGCAAAUUGCCGAAGACAGGUACUAGCGGCGUAGUCAGCGGUUGGGAUGCAAAAAAUAACUUGGUGGACAUGACUGUGAGUGUCAUAAGCCGAAAGGAUUGCGUUUCUGGAAAGUAUGGAUAUAGCAGUGACGAUGUUUUGAAGAGCAUGGUAUGCGGCCUGGCUAAGAGUAACAAUGCUUGCGGCGCAUUAGGCGGUAGUCCUUUGGUUGUAAACAAUGAAUUGGUCGGUUUGGCUUCUUGGGGUAACGGCUGUGGCAAUAAGGGGAAUCCAGCUAUUUAUACUGAUAUACCAUCUGUAAAAUCAUGGAUUACAAAAACUGCUAAGAAAUUGUAAAAUCGUCUUCUAUGUAUGGAUAACAGCUGCUUAUACCUACACGAAAACAGCAAAGUGUUGCCUUCAUAAGUUUAUUAAUAAAGUAUUUGAAGGUA